AUGUGUGCGACGAGCGUGACCGACCCAAGGACGAGCGGACGACUAUCAGACUCCCAUCUGAACCAAAGGGUGAAGAUUAAGAACAGCUCAACGUCUGCUCCAGACCCACCUCCAGACCCGCCUCCAGACCCAGCUCUGCCCCCAGCUCCAGACCCACCUCCAGACCCACCUCCAGUCCCAGCUCCUGCCCCGCCUUCAGACCCACCUCCAGACCCAGCUCCAGCUCCAGCCCCGCCUCCAGACCCUGCUCCUGCCCCGCCUCCAGACCCAGCUACACCCCCACCUCCAGACCCACCUCCAGUCCCAGCUCCACCCCCCGCUUCAGCCCCAGCAACGCCUCCAGCCCCACCUCCAGACCCUGCUCCUGCCCCGCCUUCAGACCCACCUCCAGACCCACCUCCAGUCCCAGCUCCACCCCCCGCUUCAGCCCCAGCAACGCCUCCAGCCCCACCUCCAGACCCUGCUCCUGCCCCGCCUUCAGACCCACCUCCAGACCCAGCUCCAGCUCCAGCCCCACCCUGCUACUGCCCCGCCUCCAGACCCACCUCCAGCUCCAGCUCUGGCCCCAGCUCCAGCCCCAGCAACGCCUCCAGCUCCAGCCCCACCUCCAGCCCCAGCUCCAGCCCCGGCUCCAGCUCCAGCCCCAGCUCUGGCCCCAGCUCCAGCCCCACCUCCAGCUCCAGACCCUGCUCCUGCCCCGCCUCCAGACCCACCUCCAGCUCUGGCCCCAGCUCCAGCCCCAGCAACACCUCCAGCUCCAACCCCGGCUCCAGCUCCAGUCCCAGCUCCAGUUCCAGUCCCUGCCCCAGGUCCAGACCCUGCUCCAGCUCUGCUCCAGUCUCAACCGCUGCCCCAGCUCCUGCCCAGAUCCAGUCCCAUCUUCACCUCCAGCCCCUGCCCCAACUCCAGCCCAGCUUGAGCCCAGCUCUAGACUCGCCUUGGCCCCAGCUCCAGCCCCAGCUCCAGCUCCAGUCCCAGUCCCUGCCCGAGGUCCAGACCCUGCUCCUGCCCAUCUCCAGCCCCUCCUCCAGUCCCGGCUCCAGUCCCGGCUCCAGUCCCGGCUCCAGUCCCGGCUCCAGUCCCGGCUCAAGACCCAGCUCCUGCCCAGCUCUAGCCCCACCUCCAGCCCCAGAUUCAGCCCCGCCUCCAGCCUCGCUCCAGUCCCGGCUCCAGUCCCUGCCCCAGCUCCAGACUCAGCCCCAGCUCCAGUCCCACCUCCAGUCCCAGCUCCUGCUCUGGCUCCAGCCCCAGCUCCAGUUCCAGCCCCAGCUCCAGCCCCCCUUCAGCUUCAGCCCUGGCUCUAGUCCCAACCCCUGCCCCAGCUCCAGCCCCAGCUCCAAUCUCACCUCCAGCCCUGCCUCGAGCUCCUGCUCCAUCCAAGACCCACAGUCACAGCCCACCUCAGCCUCCGACCCAGCACCCAGCUACUAUCUCCCAUCUCCCAAACUUCCAACUCCCAUCUCCCAACUCCCAGGUCCCGGCUCCCAGCUCCCACCUCCCAUCUUUCAACUCCUAUCUCCCAUGUCUCAUCUCCCAGCUCCCAGUUCCCAGCUUCCUUCUCCCUUCUCCGAGGUCCCUGCUCCCAUCUUCCAGUUUCCAUCUCCCAUCUCCUGUCUUCCAUCCCUGAGCUCUCUUCUCCCAUCUCCCAACUCCCAGGUCCCGACUCCCAGCUCCCACCUCCCAUCUCCCAUGUCUCAUCUCCCAUCUUCCAUCUCCCAGCUCCCUUCUCCCUUCUCCGAGGUCCCUUCUCCCAUCUCCUGUCUUCCAUCCCUGACCUCUCUUCUCCCAUCUCCCAGCUCCGUUCUCUUCGCCUUUUCCUCUGUGUAA